CUAUCCCAGGCUCUCUUGACGUCUGUGAUUCUGGGGUGCGAGAAGGAGAGAGAGGGUCCCACAGAUCCCCCCAGAUCUGCUGGUCUUUCUCACGGGCCGGGCUAACGAACGAGAUGUCGACCUACAAGAGAGCCACCCUGGAUGAGGAGGAGCUGGUGGACUCCAUGGAAGGAGAGGUCUACCCCAACGGCAUACAGGUGAACUUCCGUGGGUCGGGGACCAGCAAAGGCUGCUGGGCCGAGCGGACGCAUGUUGAGAAACGCCUCCUGGUGCUGACAGUGGCCCUCUCAGCUGGCUUCCUGGCCUGCAUCUGUGUGCUGCUGUUCCAGUUCCGAACCAGGCUCUGCCUGACGGAGUCUUGCAUCUCCGUGACCAGCUCCAUCCUGAGCUCGCUGGACCGGACAGUGGACCCCUGCGAGGACUUCUUCAGCUAUGCCUGCGGGGGCUGGAUCAAGGCCAACCCCAUCCCUGAUGGCCAUUCCCGCUGGGGGACCUUCAACAAACUCUGGGAGCACAACCAGGCCAUCCUCAAGCACCUUCUGGAGAACACCACGGCCCAGGUGUCCAGCGAGGCAGAACGCAAAGUCCAGCGCUACUACCAGUCCUGCAUGAACGAGACCAAGAUUGAGGAGCUGCAGGCCACGCCCCUGGUGGACCGCAUCAAGAAGCUUGGUGGCUGGAACAUCAGCGGUCCCUGGCAGGAGGACGACUUCAACCAGACUCUGCUUCAGCUGGCUGCGCAGCACCACAUCUGGCCCUUCUUCUCCAUCUAUGUCAGCGCCGACUCCAAAAACUCCAGCGUCAACAUCAUCCAGGUGGACCAGGCAGGGCUGAUGUUGCCUUCCAGGGACUACUAUCUCAACAAAACGCAGAACGAGAAGGUGCUUGCAGGGUACCUGACCUACAUGGUCCAGCUAGGCAUGCUGGUUGGGGGGCAGGACGAAGCUGAGACCAGGCGGCAGAUGGAGGAGAUCCUGGACUUUGAGACCACCCUAGCCAACAUCACCAUCCCCCAGGAGAAGCGGCGCGAUGAGGAGCUCAUCUACCACAAGAUGCCUGCCAGGGAGCUCAAGAGCCUUUCUCCGGCCGUGGACUGGAUGCCCCUGCUGAACGCCGUCUUCUCCCCGGUGGAGAUCAACGAGACGGAGCCAGUGGUGGUCUACGCCAAAGAGUACCUUGAGCAAGUCUCCUAUCUCAUCCUCAACACAGACAGGCGUAUCUUACACAACUACAUGAUCUGGCACCUGGUGAGGAAAGGAGCCGGCUUUCUGGACCAGCGCUUCCAGGAUGCAGAGGAGAAGUUCAUGGAGGUCAUGUACGGCUCAAAGAAGACCUGCCUGCCCCGAUGGAAGUACUGCAUCAGCGACACAGACAUCAACCUGGGCUUUGCGCUGGGUGCCAUGUUCGUCAAGGCCUCCUUCGCGGAAGACAGCAAGGCAGUGGCUGAGGAAAUGAUUAAGGAGAUCAAGAUGGCCUUCGAAGAGAGCUUGGCCACCCUCCCGUGGAUGGAUGAGGAGACGAGGCGGUCCGCCAAGGAGAAAGCCGACGCCAUCUACGACAUGAUCGGUUACCCUAAGUUCAUCAUGGACCCCAAAGAGCUGGACAAAGUGUUCAAGGAUUACGAUGCCGUCCCGGAUCUGUACUAUGAGAACGUCAUGCAGUUCCUCAACUUCUCCGCCCGAGUGGCCGCUGAGCAGCUCCGGAAGCCUCCAAACCGCGACCAAUGGAGCAUGACUCCCCCAACAGUGAAUGCUUAUUACUCCCCGACCAAGAAUGAAAUCGUCUUUCCUGCUGGGAUCCUGCAGCCUCCAUUCUACACCCGAAGCUCCCCAAAGGCACUGAAUUUCGGUGGGAUUGGUGUGGUCGUGGGCCAUGAACUGACUCAUGCUUUUGACGACCAAGGCCGGGAGUACGACAAGGACGGCAACCUCCGCCCCUGGUGGAAGAAUUCGUCAGUGGAGGCCUUUAAGCAACAGACCGAGUGCAUGGUGGAACAGUACGGCAACUACACAGUCCACGGGGAGGCCAUCAAUGGCAAGCACACCCUGGGGGAGAACAUCGCCGACAACGGAGGGCUCAAAGCCGCCUACCGGGCUUAUCAGAACUGGUUGAGGAAAAAUGGAGAAGAGGAGACUUUGCCCACGCUGGGCCUCACCAACUACCAGCUCUUCUUUGUGGGGUUUGCCCAGGUCUGGUGCUCCGUCCGCACCCCAGAGAGCUCCCACGAAGGACUGGUCACCGACUCUCACAGCCCUUCCCGCUUCCGAGUCAUCGGAACCAUCUCCAAUUCCCCAGAGUUCUCGGAGCACUUUGGGUGCCCGCUGGGCUCCCCCAUGAACCCGCAGCGGAAGUGCGAGGUCUGGUGAAGUUCCCCAAAGCCGAGGAGAGAGAAAAGGAAUGGGAUGAACUGGAGGGUAGCCCGGGGGAAACACAGCAGGAGGGAGUGCCCUCAGCCUUCCUCCACACCUAAGAGGUGCCCCGUGACCUUGGGACUAGCUCAGCGCUCUGCGAUGGCUGGGAGGGGUCCCCAGCCCUCACCCCAAAGCACCACCCCAUUUGACCCACUGUGAAGAUGUCCUCUACUCCGGAAACAAUUGCAUCGGUGUCCCCUCUCAUUUUGCUAAAAGUGCAGAAGUCUGCACGCAUGUCUGUGUUUCAGAUGCACUGACUUUGGGGUGGGGAUAAGGUUGUGCUGUCUCCCCUCCCCCAUAUGCAGUGGGGGGCGGGACUGGCUCUUCGCCACCAUAGGCUUGGAAGUUUUUGCGCCAUUUCCCCCCCCCAAAAGGGGGAACCACCCAAAUUUUAAAAGAGAACCCAUUUUGGUCACAUCUAACAAGCGCCAACCCUCUCUGUAGACAGACAUACACAUCCAUACAUAUGUAUACGUUUUGUGCGCUCACAUACACAUGGUAAAACUUGUAAGAUA